CCUGGGCCUGGCUGCUAUCGCGUAUGUGAGCAUAGACUACCUCCGCCACAUCUCACCGGCGUGGCACGAGCGAUUGCAGCCCGCUCUCUGGACCGCCCUAGCCAUUGCCGCCAUUGUUCGCGUCCCGUUCUACAGGCACUGGUCCUUGGAGCUCCGGUCUGCUCUUCCUUUUAUCUUCUCCAUGAUCUUCAUGCUCUCUGCUCUCCUUUUCGAAGCCAUUUCUGUUCGGUCCGUCACGGCUGUACUUGGUCUGGACUGGCACAAUGCUCAACCGCCUCUUCCUGAUGUUGGCCAGUGGUUGCUGCUGGGAUUGAAUGAGAAACUGCCUCAAACUGUGGUCAAUAUACUGAGAUCUCGUAUUAUCGGGUUGCAUCAUUUCCUGAUGUUGUUUAUAAUGCUUGGCUUCUCUGUAUUAUUUAACUCGGUUGCAGCUCCUGGUUUGGGGCUGGGUGCAAGAUACAUGUUCACAAUGGGUAUUGGACGGCUUCUUCGGGCCAUAGCUUUUGUGUCUACAAUUUUGCCAUCACCACGUCCCUGGUGUGCAUCAGCUCGGUUCCAAGUCCCUCCAUACCCUCAUCCUUGGGCUCAGAAAUAUCAUGUUCCAUAUGCUACAGAUUCUAAUGCUAUACGCCAAAUCAUUCGUUACGAUAUUGCAUACGCUGAUCCAGGGGAGUACAAUGUUGACUUCCAACCAGAUUGGGGUUUGAUGACAUUUCUUGCUAAUUUCCUACGACCUACAGCUUCUGAAGGAUCAUCUCCGUGGUACCAUCUACUAAAAAAAGCUGGGGGCGGGUGCAAUGAUCUCCUAUACAGUGGCCACAUGCUUGUUGCAGUAUUGACAGCUAUGGCAUGGAUGGAAGCUUACGGAGGUUUUAGCUCAGCUCUUAUCUGGAUACUUGUACUGCACAGUGCCCAACGAGAAAUUAGAGAACGACACCAUUAUAGUGUGGAUUGUCUUGUAGCCAUUUACAUGGGCAUCUUUCUGUGGAAAAUGACGGGUCUAUUCUGGCCAAUCAAAGAUGCAUCCAGAGACAGGAGGCUAAAAAAACUACACAAAAUUGAAAAACGACUAAUACAAGCUGCAAAAGACUCUGACAUGGAACAAGUGCGGGAACUUCUGGGAGAGGUGGAGUUGAGCAGUCAAGUGAGCAAGAGUCCUAACAGCCGGGUUAUGUGGUUGUUUUCUGCUGCUACAAUUUUCUUUACACUCGGUAUUGUUCUUCUUGCCUUCACAUUGACAAGUGACGGCUAACUUUCCACUUGAUUCGUGUGACACGUUUCCCAAUACUCCUAUGAGAGAGAUUUAAAUUUCACUGGAUCUUAACACCAAUGGAAGAACUUGGAGAGGACUUCCAUCCUCUAGGCGUUUUGAGGAUUUAGAAACUGCAUAUGAUGAUUUUUUUUCAUGUUUUGAGGACCAAGCAAUGUCUACUUAUAAAAUUUCCACUAGAUGAAAGGUAUAAACGUAUGUGAAGUUAGCAUGUACAGGAAUACGAUGCCUUGUUAUUCAUAUGUUUGGUAUGUGAAAAUGUCAUUUGCCAUUUGUAACACCCAUUAUGAAGGGUGAAACUUGUGCUGCCGGUUAAGGAUAUUAUUUCUUAUGCAGAAGUUCCAAAAUGAAUUUAUCA